AUGGAUAUGCUAUACCUACCAGUGUUCCAAUUUCCUACAUGGAGUCACUUGACAGUAAAUGCUGCAAGCAGCUUUUCGGUUUUUCUAUUGAUACUUCUCUGCUACAAAGGCCUCGUAGCUAGACUGCUGCCUUCACUAUGGGGUUUCUUAGAAUUCAUUUUACGACCUGUCACUAGACGCUAUCAGGCAUGGGCAUACCUAGUUCGGGGCCCUAAAAUGAUCCAAGAGGCGUUCAACAAGGCAGAUGGCAAGCCGUUCGAGCUAUUCGCUCCUGACAGUCGAUAUGUCUAUGUAUCCGAUCCUCAACAGAUUCAGGAGAUUGAUCGUGCUUCUGGUACAAUUUUGUCGCUCUACGCAGCGUCGAGACAGAUACUGCAACCUAUGUACACCAUGCACGGCUUUAAUCAUUUCGACGCGCGCGGAACGGAAGAAGCGGGAUUUAUCCGCGCUCUUCGCACCUUGUUGAUUAAUAACCUACCCAAAAUCCUGCCUGACCUCAAUUACAUUAUCCGCACUAGGUUCCAGGAGCUACACGCUGAGCAUCCAGUCAUUGAUGAUAAAAAGCAGUCAGCUAUUUUGCCUAUGAUUCUGAAGCUUGUUGUAUUAGCCAACGCCCUGGUCUUUUUUGGAAAAGAUCUAGCGAAGGAUGAGCAAUUUAUGGUCCACGCACUGGCAUAUAUCGAGGAAACGAUGAUAUGUGCCGAAGUUCUUCGUCUCGUGCCCAGCUUUCUGAAACCUAUCAUCGGUAAUAUCAUUGCUCGCAGACUGAAGUCCCACACUGUCAUCUAUAAUAUGAUGCUGCCCAUCGUUCAGGAGCGAUGCCUUGAGCGCGACGCAGCCAAGUUAGGUCAGAAGGCCCCAGAAUACGUCGACUGCAUCCAAUGGCUUAUGGAUACUUCGCCUAAGAACGCACUAAAAACUCCUGAACGCAUAGUACACGAACUCAUGGCUAUCUGGUUCGGCUCUGUUCAUCCCGUUGCUGUCACUGUAACAGUUGCUAUCGAGGACCUCUGUUUACACCCCGAGUACGUUGAGCCGCUCCGCGCGGAAUGCACAGCUCAAUACGCCGAUUUUGAGCGCACUGGAACCGGUCUUGCUCUUCUUGACAGCUUUAUCAAGGAAUCUGCCCGCAUAACACCUGUCGAGUCACAAAGCACUCGCCGCUCAGCGCUGGAGCCUUUUACUCUCAAAGACGGGACUCACGUCGACGUUGGCGAUUGGAUCUGCACGCCUGCCCACGCUGUUAUGAUGAACCCGGUUGACUACCCUAAGCCAGAUACCUUCAGUGGUUUCCGCUUUGCGAAUCCAGAAUUAGUAAAGAGCCUUGAGAAUGGCGAUAGCUUAUCCAAUAUCUUGCAAAAGCAGCCGACUAAAUUGACUGAUGUGGGCAUCACGUACCAUGUCUGGGGCACUGGCAGAACAACUUGCCCCGGCCGAUUCUAUGCCUCGGUACUCAUGAAGACUAUUCUGGGCCAGAUUCUUCUCAACUACAACUUUGAGCUUAUGAACCCCAAGGCCAAGCGCGUAUUCUCCUGGCGGUCGGCGAUCGUGCCAAAUCCUAGCACGAAGGUUGUAUUUACUCCAAUUCGGGGAGAUUGUUGA